GUCAUGAAUCAUUAAACGUCAAAUUCACGCAAAAUGUAAACAAUGUCCGAUUUACCAAAAUUAUUUAUUAAUUUGAAACCUUGACAAUGGAAUUUAUCAAUUCCACACCGCUAGGAACAUGUUUUGCCUAUAAAAUUAUUUCAUAUAUUAGUCUACAUCCCUAUCAAAUAAUUUGAUGAAAAUGUGUUUGGAUACGAUGUUUAUUUUAUUGACGUGUUUCGUAUCUGUAAAGCCGCAGGAAGUGAACUUCAACGAUUAUCUUCUAGACUACAAAGAAGGAAUUGUUACAAGCCAAAACUUUACAUACUAUUACAUUUACCAUUGGUCAAAUAUCUUGAUAAUUCUCAGAAGCAAAUCUGGAGAUGCAGAUAUUUACAUAUCAGACUCUAAUAUGUUCCCUACAUAUGAUGUUAAAUCAUACGAUAUUCAUUCUGCCACUUGUGGACAAGAAGUGAUUCAAAUACAUGAGGGGUAUGCCUCUGAAUAUAUAGCAGUUCUGAAAAAUUGCUUUACAUAAUGUAUUUUGCAGAUUCAAAAGUCCAAUAGCUGUUGGAAUAUACGGAUAUUUUCCUUAUGGCAACAGUAGUUAUAUUUUGGAAGUGUAUAGAGAACCCAAAAAGUAUUCUCAUGCAAUAAUUGAUGACAUGGUUCCUUCCGAAGUGGAAGGGGGCAUAAGAAAUGCUGAACAAGGUCCCCUACCAAAACCUCUAAAGAAAAAGUACAAAGAUACAAUCAAAACAAAUAGUGUUUUUGCACUUCUUGAGGUUCUGCAACUGAUGUUUCUGUGAUUUUGUUUUAUAUAAUAUAUAAAUAUAUAUAUAAUAUAUAUAAA